UGGUUAGAAUAUUAUGAUUUUGAAGCUAUGAACGACAUCAACAUAUGAGUACUGUCGAUAUAGAAGAUGGUCGAAUUGCAAGAUGUUAACUAGAUGAUGUCUCGAACCGAAAUGGUCAGAUAGCUUUGUCUAUAACCUCUUGCAGUGCUGUUGGAUGGUGGUAUACAGUUAUUUAGGGCAGUAAUGUAGAUGUAAAAUUGUAGAUGCCGAUUUGUUGUAGCGCUAAUGAUGAUCCAGCGACCUUGUUCUGUUUGUUUCGAAUUAAAUUAAGUAUACAUUGUCUUAAAUAUGGCAGGAAGCUAUUAUUUUGUAAUAGUUGGUCAUUCGGACAAUCCAAUAUUUGAAAUGGAAUUUGCUCCAGCAAGCAAAGAAGCCAAGAAAGAAGAUCACAGGCAUCUGAAUCAAUUCAUAGCUCAUGCAGCUCUCGAUUUGGUGGAUGAACACAUGUGGAAGACUAACAACAUGUAUCUUAAGUCUGUUGAUAAAUUCAACCAAUGGUUUGUGUCAGCAUUUGUGACUGCAAGCCACAUGAGAUUUGUUAUGGUACAUGACAACAAAAAUGAAGAUGGAAUAAAGAACUUCUUUAUGGAAAUGUAUGAAACAUAUAUAAAAUAUUCCAUGAACCCAUUCUACAAAAUUAACACUCCAAUCAAGUCCCCAGCAUUUGAACGGAAAGCCCAGUUUUAUGGGAAGAAAUAUUUGCUUGUGUAAUUUGUACAAUUGGGGGAGGAUGCUGAUGGCUGCUGUUGGUUGCUGAUGGAAUUAGCAAUUACUUAUGUUACCAUCCCACAAUUUUCUGUACUAAUAUAAAUUGUGUUAUUAAGUUCUAAGUAACGAUUAAAGUUAAUUAAUUUUUGUAUGAAGUCA